AUGAAAUGUCUCCCCUCCAACAAAAUACCCCUCGCACACGGCAACAUCCUCCACGACUGGCACGCCGAAGUCACCGCCAUCCGAGCCUUCAAUCGCUACCUCCUAGACGAAUGCAGUCUCAUCUCAACGCCACCGUAUCCAACAUCCGACUUUCUUCGACACCUAUCACCUGACGAACACACCAAAGACCUACAACAGCCGUUUACUAUCCGAGAAGAUGUAUUCAUCCACAUGUACUGCUCCGAAGCUCCUUGUGGAGACGCAAGCAUGGAGCUCACUAUGGCUGCCCAGGAAGAUGCAACGCCAUGGACCAGUGCGCCGCCCACUCUUUCCUCUACAUUGGAUCCAGUUGCUCAAGCAGACACUUCAGCACUUCGAGGUCGAUCCAACUUCUCUCUUUUGGGCGUCGUCCGCGCGAAACCUUCACGGCCUGAUGCGCCACCUACGCUGAGCAAAUCCUGCACAGACAAACUGGCCAUAAAACAAGCCACCUCCUUGCUUUCAUCCACGGCAUCCCUAUUGAUCAAUCCUCAAAACGCUUACUUGGAGACCCUGGUGCUUCCAGACUCCCAGUACAUAUCACAAGCAUGCGAGCGCGCCUUCUCUUCGUCCGGCCGCCUCAGGUAUCUUGACUUCAAAGAGUGGAAAGGCGGUUAUCGUUUCCAGCCCUUUACUAUCCUUCCCACAGAUAGGGAGUUUACUUGGUCGCGCCGCGCACUGUCUGCUACUGAGAAAGCGGUACCUAGUAACAUAUCCGCGGUGUGGACACCGAGUUGGCAGGAGACUUUGAUUGGUGGUGUAAUGCAGGGCCGGAAGCAGAUGGACCCUCGAGGAGCAAGUAAGAUAUGCCGAAGGGGACUGUGGAUGGAAGCUUUACGUUUAGCAGGGUUUCUGGGUGGAACGGCGGUGAUGGGCGAGGCACUCCGUAAGAGGAAGUAUGCAGAGAUGAAAGGAUCUGAUGAGCUCCACGAGAGAAUCAAGGUUAAACAAGACAUACGCAAUGCCUUGAAAGGAUGGGUAAGAAACACCGGGGACGACGGCUUCUCUAUUGAACCCCCGCCAUCAACAUCGUAG